AUGUCGGCUGACGAUCUCAAAAAACUAAAAAACAGGCGUUCGCUCCUUAAACGAAAGGUUACUACGUUUAGCACGUUUAUAGAAACCGUGACUGCUAGCGAUUAUGACGAUGUGCAAUUUAGACUAAGUUCCGUAGAACCGUUAUUAGAUCAGUUUGAUGAAGUUGCAUUAGACAUACAAGCUAUUCAGGACACAACGGAGCAUUCUGAUUAUCGCGAUGAGUUUGAAAGCAAAUAUUAUGAAGUCGUAAGAAGGGCGCGUAAAUUUUUGAAGGAUAACAACCCCUCAGACGGGAUUAAUAAUCGCCCAGCUAGACACAACGGCAGCGAGCCAAACAAUGUUAGGUUACCACGAAUCGAUUUGCCCACUUUCAACGGUAAAUACGAGGCGUGGACGUGUUUUCAUGACACAUUCAAAUCAAUGGUUCAUGACAAAACACAAAUCGCGACUAUCGAGAAAUUUUAUUAUCUACGAUCAUGCUUAAAGGAAGAGGCCGCAUUAGUCAUCCAGUCUUUGGAAACCACCGAAAGCAAUUAUAACAUAGCCUGGUCUCUCCUAAUCGAACGUUACGAUAACAAACGGGUUAUCGUACACAAUCAUUUAAAAAAUCUACUUGAAUUACCAGCAUCUACGAAGGAAAAUCCUGUUUAUUUGAGGCAGAUGCUGGAUAACAUUAAUACUCAUACUCGUGCUUUAAAAUCGUUGGGUCUCAAAGUUGAUAGUUGGGAUGCCAUAAUUAUCUAUUGCAUGACUAGCAAGCUAGAUAGAAUCUCGCAUCAGGAGUGGGAAAAGAGCAAUACCGGAAAGGAACUUCCAGAAUUAGACAGUUUCAUUGAAUUCUUGAAAACGCGAUGUCAAAUUCUCGAGGCCACGCAACCUCAGAUGCAGCCGCAUCAAGGCUCAUCCAAUGUCAAGGGUUCAAAUGGGGCUGGCAAACGCAACCUCAACGUAACUACUCAACGAGACUUUUGUCAUUUUUGUAAGGGGGAACACAAGCUUUACGCAUGCGAGAAAUUUGUGAAAUUAGGGCAACAAGAGAAAUAUGAGUUCGUAAAGAAGGAAAGGCUUUGCUUCAACUGCUUGCGGAAGAAUCACACAACCGAAAAAUGUACAUGUAGGUCGUGCAAAAAGUGUAACCGAAAACAUCAUACCAUACUACAUUUUGAACGGCAAUCCUCUACCGAAAAUAGCCCUAGCGUUGAUCCCGUUAAUAGCUUGCAAGUGAGUUGUCCUGCUCAAGUAUUGCUAGCCACCGCGAAAAUUCAUUUUCAUGACAAAUACAACAAUCAGCACACGGCACGUGUGUUAUUAGAUAGCGGUGCGCAGGCUCAUUUCAUUACCGAACGAUUUGCAAAAUUGCUAAAAUUACCGCGUAAUAGAGUCAACAUUCCGGUUACUACGCUGAACCAAUCGCAAACAAACGUGAUUCACAGUAUUGCUACUAAAAUAUCAUCUAGAUUAAACAAUUACGAAAAGAAGGUCUCGCUUCUAGUAGUUCCUAAUAUAACCGAACCUUUGCCGUCGUAUACUAUUAACGUAAACGAGUUGCACAUACCGCACAAUUUGCCGCUUGCGGAUCCCACCUUUUAUCAGACUUCCGAAAUCGACGCACUUAUUGGAGCGGAAGUCUACUUUAAGAUCGAUUGUGCUGGUAGGAUUCCCAUCAAUAAUACUGAUGCUGUCCUUUUAAAAACGAAAUUCGGAUGGGUAGUGGGUGGUGGUAUUAACACGCAGGAGCGACCCGUUAGUGUCUCAUAUAAUCAUUCGAUCAGCUCUGUUUCUCAAGACAUUUCCAGAUUUUGGGAACUACAAGAAAUUCCCGAAACAAAAUUUUUAUCGCAGGAAGAAGAAGAAGUAGAGCAGCAUUUCUUAGAUAAUUUCAGACGUGAUCGCAAUGGUAGAUGCGUAGUUAAAAUCCCGUUCAAUAGCAAAAUUCGUAAGCUUGAAAACAAUUAUCAACUAGCAUUAAAGCAAUUUCAUAGUAUUGAGCGCAAACUCGGCAAAAAUCCCAAGCUCAAGGAACAAUACUGCACGUUUAUGCAGGAGUACGAGACCCUCGAGCACAUGUCGCUUUCCAAGCAUGAAGAACCAGAGAAUUUCAUACCUCACCACGCGAUUUUUAAGGAUGAGGCUAUCAGAGUAGUGUUUAACGCUUCAGUAAUGAUGAAUGGCCUGUCUUUCAAUCAAGCCCAAAAAAUCGGUCCAACAAUUCAGGACGACAUUUUUUCUAUCCUAACCAGGGCGCGCUUGCACAAAAUCUUAUUAGUCGCUGACAUCACGAAAAUGUACAGNCGCGAUUUUUACGUCGACGAUUUAAUGACGGGGGCGAACAGUUUAGAAGAUGCUUUAGUGUUAAGAGAUCAGAUGAAUAACUUAUUAAAAACUGCUUGUCUCGAGCUGAGAAAAUGGUCAUCCAAUGAUAGUCGAGUAAUAGACUCCUUGCCCUCGGAAUUAACUAACGUUAAAUUAUUCGAUGAUCCGAGUGGUUCAAUAAAAACUUUAGGCAUAAGAUGGAAUCCCAGACAGGAUCAUUUAUUCUAUUCCGUUAAGCUGGACACUGAAAUGAAAGAACGC